GCUAUCGCCGGACCGUAUCGUCAACAAGCCAGUAAACCGUGAACAGGUAUCCUAGUUGUAUUUUGAGACUGAUCAGAUAAACUAGCAUCCGACUGAAGACAGCCACUUUUGUCAUAUGAGACUUUAUAUAUGCUCGUGUAUAAAGGGAAGGAGAGUUUGAAGGGCAUUCAUUGUUAAAGUGUGGCGAUUAUAAACCUUAGGAAUAAAUAUAGCGAUCCAUGGAUGGUAGACACUGCAAAUACAGGUGAAAAUUAAAGGUGAGACGAGGAACAUGUUACCUGUGUACCUGCUGACCCUGCUGCUGACUGGGACAGACGCGGCCACUCUGUUUGACUGUCCGAGUGAUUGGCUUAACAAUGAAUUCACUUGUUACAAGUUUUUGUUUGACCCUAAGGCCUCCUAUGAAGAAGCUCGUGCAUCAUGUGCUAUAAUGGGGUCUUCCCUACUGUCUGUGGGCAGUCUCGGUGAACACAAUUUUAUCAACAAUUGGCUACAGCGUAAUGAUUUUUACAGAAAUGUGUGGUAUACGAGUGGAUUACAGGAAACAGGCAGUACCAAUACCUACAGGUGGGCCAGCGAUAGCUCAUUGAUCUCCUCAGAUCUGCAGUUCUGGCUCCCCAACCAGGACAACGUUCAGGGCGAAGUCAUCAUCUACAAAUUUGAUGGUGCUAAUUACGGAUGGAGUAAGUCGGCUAAGGAUGUGAUGCGGUCGUAUGUCUGUGAGAUUAGCCAGGAGGAGGCCUAUAGAUUGGUGCAAGAGAAACGAGACUUUGAAUAUGGCCAAGUGGUGUCUAAUCUAGAUGACAUCAUGUUUGGACCACAGAUGACACUUCAGCCACAGAGUGUUAUCGUGGUUUCCCGGGCAACCAAGGCUAUCCUGGAAUGUCGUGCCAUUGGCAACCCUCGUCCUGAUUUUACCUGGUACAAGGCUGUCAAUGGCUCAGAGUUGAAGAUUACCUCCAAAGAUGAUGAUCGUUUUACACUGACCAAUGGAAAGUUGACAAUCCAGAAUCCUAACGAAGAUGUGGAUGCUAAUGACCGUUACCAGUGUAUAAUAGAGAACAAAUAUGGCAAGAUCUUUAGUGAUCCUGUGUCCCUGGCAUUUGGCUUCUUGGGAGACUUUUCUAAUGUACAGGAUGCCCCUGUGUAUGCCUUUGCUUAUGAUGGAGCUGUGAUCAAGUGUAGCAACAUUAAAUACAAACCAGCUGCAGUAUUUAACUGGCAGAGAGGGGAGAAGCGAGAAUAUAUCUUCGCCUCCACCACACCCUAUACCUUCAUCUCGAGUAACGGUCAGCUCUACUUCUCUGAGGUGACCAGAGUGGACGAGGGAGACUACUACUGCCAAAUCACACUGACCGCUCUGUCUGGAACCGCUCUAGGGACAUCGCAGGCUCCGAGUAAAACCAGUCUUGUCAUCACUCUUAGUAUUAUAGAUCAAGCUGCCAAAACUGACUGGGGACCUGUCAUCCAGGAUGAUUUCAUAGCUGUGUUCCCACAGCCUCCUCUGAAGGGCCAGGAUGUUCGAUUGGAGUGCUUCGCUUAUGGAUCGGCCCAGAACUACAUUGAUAUGUGGCACUACAGCUGGAGUAGAGAAGGCCAGCCGAUGCCAGAGACAGCUAAGUACGAGAACUUCCACCGUAUUCUGAUCAUCAUGAACGCUCGUUUAGAGGAUCAGGGCAACUACACUUGUUUGGUUCGUCGUGGCAAUAAGGCAGCUGACAGUAAAACACUCUAUCUUAGACUGGAGGCGAAGCCUUAUUUCAUUCUGGGACUACAGAAUCAACACGUUGAUGUUGGUGGUCAGUUGACAUGGCGCUGUGAGGCUAAUGGCUAUCCUUCUCCUGUGUACCAGUGGUAUAAAAAUGGCAUCCCACUGACCAAUUCGGACGAUGGACAGAUGACCAUCACUGGAAACAAUCUGGUUAUUCGGUCCUUAGACAGGAAUCAACACGAUGGCAUGUACCAGUGCAGCGCCACCAAUGUCCAUGGAACCAGUUUUAGUUCUGCACAACUUCGAGUUCUGGGUUUUCCUCCAACAUUUGCCAAGUAUCCGAUGAUAGAUGAAUUCAUUGGAGCAUUAAACGGCAACCUGACAGUUGUAUGUCGACCCGAGGCUGCUCCCAAGGCAACCAUCACAUGGCUCAAGAACGGCGGCAACAUGAACCUACGGGUUUCUUCGUCAGAGACGGGGGACCGUUUGAGAGUCCUACCAAACGGAUAUCUCUACAUGACACAGCUAAACUAUGGUGACAACGGCUUGUACACGUGUGUGGCGGAAAACUCCCUGGGAAAAGCAACUAGUUCAGGCCGACUUACCAUUAAACAGGGUACUGUGAUAUCCCGCGGCCCACCACCAACUACCAAAGUUGUGAUGAACGAAACAGCAUUCCUCCCGUGUGAGGCCUCGUUUGAUGUUAACCUUGACCUUGUGUACGUGUGGAAGUUCAACGGCCACAACAUAGAUCCGGAGGAGACUUCCCAUUACAAAACCGCAAUGACUCCAAACCUAAAGGGCUUGUAUAUUCAGAGUGUACUCUUCAAACACCAGGGACAGUAUGAGUGUGUUGCUAAAACUCCACUCAACCAGGAUACAUCUUUAGGCUUUUUGGAGGUUCUUGGACCCCCUGGAGAACCUGCCGGAGUGUUUGGAGAUUCCAAGACCGUGACCUCCUACUCCAUUCGCUUACACUGGUUUCCAGGCCACGAGAAUGGACGCUCCAUUAACUUCUACCUCAUCCAGUCGGAGAUGGAGUAUGAUCCGGGAGUGUGGAGAAAUGAGGUCCAGAAUAUCCCCGACAUAGAGACCAUUGUUCCCACCACUGAAGACAAUGACAUGCAUAGUUAUGUGGUGACGGGCCUACGCCCUGGCAAUGGGUAUCGCUUCCGUGUCCAGGCGGUCAACGCCUUUGGGUAUGGAGAGUUCAGCAUUCCUUCUGAUGUCUACCAGACUAACCCAGCCCCACCGUCUGUCGCACCGUCCAACAUCCGCGGGGGAGGAGGCAGUGUGGGGGAUCUCACAAUGAGAUGGGAUAAACUACAUCGUAUAGACCACGGCGGACCAGGCAUAGGUUACUUCCUGUACUGGAGACUGUACGACCCCAAUCCUCUCCAAGAUGGCGUCAAGUUCAACCAUAAACAAAUAACAGACUACACAAUUGAAGAAUAUGUAAUGUUGGUUGGGGAAAACAACUUCUAUCUCCAGUACGAAGUAAAAAUACAGGCCUACAAUAACUACGGCAGGGGACCUAAUUCUACUGUGGUCCUUGUGUAUUCUGCUGAGGGCAUGCCGGUCGCAGCACCCCAAGGUAUGUACUGUGAUGGCUACAAUGCCACGGCCAUGACAGUCACAUGGCAAACCGUACCAGACACCAGGGAGACCAUGAAAGGGCGAGUCCGAGGCUACCAGGUAAACUACUGGUUCAGCGAGGAUACCGACCCCGUAUACAAACUCUACAUCCGUUACCCAGGCCAAGUGGACGAGGUCGUAGUCAUUGGGCUGUGGGAUGACUCAAACUUCUGGUUUGAAGUCCAGGUCUACAACACCGCAGGGCUUGGACCUCUUAGUGAAAAGUUCAUUCAGGAAACCCUCCAUCUUGCUCCCCAAUUGUACCCACAGGAAGUGCAUGUAUACUCCCACGGAGCAAACAGCGUUCGGUUGACAUGGCGAGGGGUCAGCACAGCUGUAGAAGAAGCUGUACUUUUGGGAUAUUAUAUUUACCUAUGGCCGGCCAAUGAACACUACCGGACAGCCGAGAUGAUUGAGACGGAGAAGUUUGAUGUGGAAUUCGUCCUCAAUGAUAUAGAAAAGGGCAAAGUGUAUGCUGUGCGUGUCGCUGGCUUCAGUGAUGGAGGAGAGGGCAAAAAGUCCCCAACACUUUAUUUCACUUUGGGUGGUCAAGUCCCCAUUGACCCCACGGUGUCCGAGAUCCGAGCAGGUGCCCCUUCCACAAGCUGUUCCGUUAUCCUCCUGCUGGCUGUAUCCCUUCUACUAUUGUUCCUGUGAGAUAGCUGUUCUGUUUACCUCUUUUCUAUAUUCAUUGUGAAGAUUAAUGUAAAAGAAAUGAUGUUUAAUUAUUCUCCUGUUGGAAAUCUUAUUUGACCAAUUAUGAUGCAGAAAACAAUUAAAAAUUACAUUUGGACUGGCACUUUGAACAAUGGGGUAACUGUCUUCAUAUCUGCAGUCAAAAAUGCAUUUAACAUAAGAGUCACUGAUAUAUGUAUGAUUAAAAUUUGCUGGCUUAAAGAGACUUUUUGUAAUCCAAACCUUCAAGGUCAUCUAGGAAAUGGGUUUAAUUCUUCAAACUGAUUUAGUAUAUAAAAGAAAAGAUUUCUACAGAAAGUUUUAUAUAGGAACAAGAAUGAGUUUUUAUUUGCUGGGGAAGUUUAUACAAUUAGGCAGAUAUAUAAUCUGUGUUAAUGUUGAUAAAAUAAUAACUGUGAUAUUCAGUUAAUUGGGAAAAUAUUGACUGCAUGCUGCUACACAGACAAAACUUUGGAAAUGAAAUCUACAACAAAUGUUUUAGACACAUUUUAUGUUUAAACAUUAGAAAUUAAUAUAAAUCAGUCAUUUCAAUGACUUUUUUUUUUUUUUUAAAUUGUACAUAUAUUUGUAUAUAGUAAUGUUUAUAGUGAGAGCUUCCAGCUACCAGAAAACUACUGUAUAUAUGUAAAUUUUACAAAAUACUCGGCUAUUGAUAAGAGCAACAUAAAGUUGCAAUUGAAUUAAGCUACCAGAAUUGUUCUCAUACCUCUGCCAGUAAUAUUCCUUGGCUAAGUUUUAAUCUUUCGAUCUGUCACUUACUUUUACAUAAUAUUUUGGUGCUAAUUUCACUUGACAUUUUAUCCUCGUGCAAAGGUGAAAACUCACAAAAUUUAAAAUGUUCUGUUUUAUCAUUAUUUCUACUGAUGAAAUAAAUAUCUAAAUUAAGUAAUGGGAAAACCUUUAAAGCUACGAUGAAGUUAAUAAUUAACUUAAAUUAGGUGCAAGUAAAAAAAAAACCUUUAGUCAGCCGACAAAAUCGGGUUGAUCUUGGUUGAGGCCUGCUGAGAUUCUUUAGCUUAAUUGAAACCCAUCAAUGUGUUAGCCUUAGUUUGGACUUUACAGAACUUCAGUCUCAGAAACUGAGGCGAUGAUGGCUGGACCAAAUCUACUCCUAUACGUAUAAGAGGUCUUAGUCCGCCUGAUUGCAUUGGCGAAUCUGCGACGCCUGUCAAAAGUUUCUCGCCGUGUUGAACCUCUAACAUUGUUGGAGUAGACCAAAUCCUGCUCAAUUGCAGGAAAUUGAUUUUAUAAAUCUAUAUAUACUUAUACACAUGCUGGUCAUGGUUGAUUGACCAAGGGAUGGGGAUGGCGGUAGGGAGUCAGGGUCGGGUUGGGAUAGGGUUGGGUAUGCGAUAUCACUAAAAUAAGUUCCUUAAAAAUUACAUUCUAGAAUGGAGGUAACUUUGUUUUAUAAGUUAUCAACGGCUUAGGUUAGGAGUUAAUUGCUAACCAAUGAGAUGUCGGUCUUGCUGUCUAUUCCCAUGGUAGAUAUUUUACUUUUUAAGAAUUAAAUAAAUUUUUAUGGAUUUUUUUAUAUUUAUAUUGUCAUUCCUUUAUAUUAUUUUAUGGAAAUUUAAAAGAUAGUUUGUGAAUCAAAUUAAGAGCUGUAGACCAUCUUACAAUUUUAAACUUUUGUGAUUUAAAAAAUCUAUACAUGUAUAUACUGGCAUUUAUUUUUUAAAUUCAUUCAUUUGAUGAAAAGCAUUUUAAUUCUCCAAAGCUACUUUCUGAAUGUUUUAAUAUAGAAAUGUUGUUUUUAAAUAUAUAGAUUUUUUAACCUUUUUGUGAAAAAUUGAUUUUAAGACAAUAGAUAAUGGAGUGUAAAAUAUUAAUUUGGUAGAUGUUUAUAGUGGAAGCAUAUUUAAACAUUUUUGGGAUCUUAAGUUUAUGUGCUAUAUUUUGUAGAUGAGAAAAAUCCACAACAAGAAUGUAAGACUUAAAUAGGGUGAGGAAUUUAGGUCAACAUGUCAAUUAUUUUUACAAGUCAUAAAACUAAUGUCCAUAUACAGUACAGGAGUUUAAUGUCACAUGAUAUUACAUUCAUCCAGUUCAUUUAAAUCAUGUUUACAUGCAUUGAUUUCUUUGAAGUGUGCUUUAGUCAUUUGGAUACUUUCAAAAUAUGUCAUAUAUAUGCAAUAUAUAUAGUUAUCUGGAUUAUUGAGUGCCAUUUAUAUGUUAGAAGUUCUACAGUCGAUUGGAGGAGUUGAGAGUUUUUGAGGAUAAAAAUUUCUUGAAAUUGUCUUCUUUACUCGGGGUAGUAUACACUUUAAUUUUUAUUUUUUUUUUAAGAGUUUGUAUUCACACAAUGAUGCAGAUGAAUGUAUUAUUGCUGUUCUUAUUGUUUUUGUCUGUUGACAGUAAACAACAAUGUAGGAAAACUAAAGUGUUGACUGAUGAAAAAGUAUUAACAUCAAUAAGAAUGAUUUUCAUCCCUGACAUUUUGUACAUCCAUCAAUCGUCACAUCAUUUUACUGUUAUGUCUUAACAAACCAAAUAAAUCCUUCUUUUUAUACAAAAUA